AGAUCAAAUACAUUUAUACAUCGAAUACGAGUAACUUUUACGACAAAGUGGAUGCCCAACUCUAUUGCUGUUUGUGACAUCUAGCGAGCAAAUUAGAUACUAGUAGUCCUGGUCGGACACCACGCAAUUACAGUAAAUAGAACCGGGGAGCGUGCGCUCGCGUCGAUGGUGAUGUGUGUGCAUGUGUCGAAAUUGAAUUUAAAAUGUCUAAUCAGCGAGUGCAGAUGGUGGGCUCGUCGUGCGGCCAGCACGGCUCCUACACCUUCUACAAGGCGUUCAGCUUCGGCUGCGGCAGCGGCGGCCGGCGGCGCGUGCUGGCGCUGGGCGAGUUCUUUUUCGCGCGCCUUUGGCCGGCGGCGGCCGAGCAUGUGGCGGUGGCAGAGCUGCUGGCCGUGUUCGACGACAGCGGCUGCGACGAGCGGCUCGCCUGUCUGCGGCUCUACUUCCUGCCCGAGCACACGCCCGACGGACGACUCGACUGCCACGGAGAGGACGAGAUCCUGGCGGUGGAGGAGCGGCUGACGGUGCGGCUGGAGGAGCUGGUGGACGUGGUGGUGCGCCCGCCGCGAUGGACCGCCGGAUGGUACGCCGGCGCCGCGCACGACCCCAGCGCGCCGCCGGCCACCUUCUGCUCCUCAGGAGCGGCCGCCGCCUCCGGCCGACUGCGGCUGGCAGACGUGGACAGGGCCAAACGGGAGAUGGGUGACACGGUCGCUGCCGAGGAGCCAUGUGCUCUGAUACUCAGCUACGACCAGUACUGCCGCGCCAGGGGAGUCAUGAAGAGGCUGGAGUCGGUGAGUCCCCAGGUGUACCGUCACGCCCUGGUGCGGGCGCUGGGCGGUCUCCAGAUCCCCAGCAGGAAUACACGCCUGCUCUACUGCCGAGACCAGUUCGAAUAUCCCGAGCUCGACUGUCACGAGAUCUUCUGCAACCACCUCGCGCCAAAGAUGAAGGGCCGCACCAAGAAGAAGGCCCGCAGUGAGGACUCGCCGCCCAGUUCCGAAUCUACCUCCGAUACCGACAACGGGCUGCCGUACCGGCUGGCGCCGGCUCAGGUGCGGCUGCCUGUGGGGGUGGCCGGUCGCGGCCCGGGCCGACCGACGCUGAUGCGCGGCCUCACGCCCAACCCCAAGCCGCUGUACCAGCUGAAGUCGUACCGCUGGGGCGAGAAGGAGUUCCUGCAGCGACUGGGACAGGUGCUCCGGCAGGGCGGACACACGCCGAACCUGGGCCGGCUGCCCAACCUCGGACUCCAGAAUGUGAACCUGUACCAGUUUUACCGGCGCGUUCAGGAGCUCGGUGGCUACCAGUCUGUGUGCUCGGUGCGCCUCUGGAAGCGGAUCUAUCAGGAGCUGGGUGGAAAUCCUCAGAACGCCACCGGCGUCACCCACUGCAGGCGGCUGUUUGAGAGGCUGCUGCUGCCGUUCGAGCGCUACGACCGCGGCCAGACACUGCCCCUGCCGCCGCGGGCCGACCCGGGACACAUCCUGGACGGCGCGCCGCCGGCGCUGACCCGCCGGCCGCAGCAGCGGCGCACCUACUCGUCCGCGGAGGCGGCUCGGCGGCCGGCCACCAGCGCGCUGGGCGCGGCCAUGCUCUCGGCGCUGGCCGAGUCGCGGCCCUCCAUCACCAUCACGCCGCUGCCGCCGUCGGCGCCGGCGCAGCCCGUGCCGUCCGAGCCCAGCUCACCGGACAUCGAGGUGAUCGACCUGACGUCUGGCGAGGAGGGGGCGCCGGCCGCGCCGCUGCUCAAACCCACCCGGAUCGGCUCCAUCACCAUCACACCGGUGGGCAAGGCGGCGCCGGCGGCGGCGGCGGCCCCGCUGAGCUCCGUGGAGCAGCUGAUGGCACUGCACAUGGCCAGCACCUCCCUGCCGCCGCAGAUGCUCCAGUACAUGGCCGGGCUGCCGGCGGGCGGCGGCGGCGGCGGCGGCGGCGGGGGGAAGACGGCGGGCCUGGAGCAGCUGCAGCGUGCCCAGCAGCAAGUGGCGCUGCAGAGCCUCAUGGCGCAACGCAUGUCCAUGAUGCCCAGUAUGCCGGGAAUGAGCAGGGAACAGGCGCAGGCCAAUGUGGAGGCGUACCGCAGGAUGCUUCAGAGCAACUUCAACAAGUCGUGAGGCCGGCGCCCCUAGCGGCGGGCGGUGGAACGAUUAGUGUCGGCCGCCGCCGGCCCUGUCGCUGUGGUCGCACUCGGCCCGCGGCUGCUCGAUUCAGUACGAGCGGAGCCGGCGGCUGGUGUGACCCGACUCAGCGGCCGUGCGGGCAGCUGAAAUACUCCGACAUCCUGCUCAGCCAGCGAUGUAACACAUUCAGGACUCGUCAGCGCUGAGGCCGACGUGAAACAAGUACAAAGGUGUGGACCUGUGACCAGAUUACCACAGGCGUGGACCUGUGACCAGAUUACCACAGGUGUGGACCUGUGACCACCGACCCGCGGUGGGCCGGUCCGGGUCCGCGGCGGGCGGUCCCAUGGGGUCCAACCCCGGCCGCCCGGUCUCCGCCGCCGUCUGAGACUCCGUGGGACUCUGGGUGAGUGUUCUGUCGCCGGGCGCAGUGCUGCGAUGGUGUGAUGUGUGCCGUGUGAGGUCUGCCUCUCGGGGAGGGUUUGUGGAGGGCUGGGUCGCCGCGGACCACUCUCUGAGGGCGCUGGUGGGUGCGGUGGAGCGGAGUUUAGAAAGUGGUGGGGUCCAGGGGUAAAUGCGGCACAGGGACCGUGUGGCUACUCAUGUAGGAGGAGCGCCCGGCGGUGGAAGUUGGGUGAAUUAUGGAAAUGGCGCGUGGAUGACUGGAGGUGCGUUGAGGACUGUUACAGGGGACUGGCUCGAACGUGGAUAUCUGACGACCCCUGUCGUGUCCCGCUAUUUAGAGGCUACAGCGACUGUCUAGGAAACUACCGCUCCAGUGCAGUGGCAGCUUGGUCACUGAAUAUCAGAGGAGCGGCUCUGGCUGCCUCGGGGCCGGCGUGGCACCCAACGUAGUCCGCUACCCGCCAGCAGCGCCAACUCAGGCCAGUCGUUAUGUUUUGUUACUCGCCCCACUGGCCCGAUGUUUGGCGCGAUACCGCUCGGGCGAACGAACAAACCUCGGCGCAUUUGUAUGACAUGUUUAGUUUAGUUUAGUGGUAUGCCAUUCCGAAUCUGCCAUGAAACGAGAGUGAAAGCAAGUGGUUCAGCGAGUGAGAGCGAGUGAUUGAGUGACUAGUGAGUGACUGAGUGAGGGGCGGCACGAGCCCAUAACUAUCACGAGUCCAGAGUUGAGUCGCCUCCGUAUCCUCAGUUAUGCCGGCCGUGUGUCCGGGAUCCUGCCUGUGUCCGGGAUCCUGCAUGUGUCCGGGAUCCUGCCUGUUUCCGGAUGUGUCCGGACUCUGUCGGUCCUGUGUCCGAGUUUUGUUUGUGUCCGGAGCAGCGGCGAGCGGCCGGCCGCAGCGGUGUGGAUCAUCUGAGCGCUCAUCACAUCCUGGGGUCGUCUUUCAUCCUCACGCUCGCAGCCCGGUCGGAGUCUUGUACAAAAUACAGAGAAAUGAACUC